GUGUGUGUGUGUGUGUGUGUGUGUGUUGUCCUGACAAAGGCUCCAUCCAGCCAUACUGCAGAGGGCUGCUUGUUCCCAGAGACCCUCAGAGCUCCAGGACGCCCAGUCUCUCCGCUGCCUGCAGCCCAGACACAGCAGCCCCGACACGGACGCAGAGCCUCGCCUCCCCCUCCUCCUCCUGCUGCUCCUCCUGCUGCUCCUGGAGCUCCCACACCUGUUUGGACUACUAAUGGACGGGAAACACAGAGUCGAGUUUUAGAGUGGGAAACCUGGGAGUUUAAAGAGACAAGGCUGCGAAGAGAAGAGAAGAGAAGAGAAGAGAAGAGAAGAGAAGAGAAGAGAAGGUGAAAACAGAGGACAUCUUUAUCUUGUCUGGACUACAAUCUGGAGGACGUCUCAGCAAAAAUCCGGCUUUUCUUCAUCAUUUAGAAACUUUCUGCAGCUUCGGUCGAUGUCUCGUAAAUAGCCGACAACUUUGGCGUAAUUUUUUUUUUUUUGGGCAUUGUUUAACAAAUUACUGUCUUUUCCUCUGACUCCGCUCUGAACGAGACCUGCAUCUUACUGAAAGGUUUCGGAGACUUUGCGGGUUGAUUGUUUUUGGAAACACUGCUGGAAUUCUGGAAGUUCUUAUUCUGUUUUCACGUCCUUUAAGGCACAAAAAUCUCCAGAAUCAUUCUGGUCGACCAAAUUUGCAGGGAGUCUUUGGUGUUUGAAGUCUGCGUCAUGGCCCCGUCUGUCGGCCUGUCGUUGUGUCUCUUCCUGCUGCUUCUGGUUACGGACGCAAAGAGUGUCGGGCAACACGACAGUCAGAGCGGCGCCCUCGACAAACCCUCCUCCCUCGUCAAACUGGAACCCCUCUGGAUCACCAAGGAGCAGCUCAGGACCCGGGACGUCCCGAACCAGAGCGUCCCCGAGAUGCUGGAUCUAGAUGCGGACCAGCACCGCCGCCUGGCCCGAGGCGCCGACGAGGAGGAGCAACAGUCCACCUUCAGCCAGUCCUUUGAGAACGACUCGGUGACAGCGCCGCAGGCCACCGAGUUCGCCAACGUGACCAAAGUGGGAGCAGGGGACGCCAGUCACCAUGAUGAUGAUGUCAAUCAUGGAAACGCGUCCAGCUCCGACCAUGACGCCCCGGGACUCUUCAACCCCUUCUACCCGCUGGCGGACGGCUCGUACGCGGCCUACGCGGUCCUCUUCCUGGCCGGCCUGGUGCUGGCGGUGGGCGUGGUGGGAAACAUGGCGGUCAUGUGUGUCGUCUGGAACAACUACUACAUGAGGUCCGCCUGGAACUACCUGCUGGCCAGCAUGGCCUUCUGGGACUUCCUGGUCCUGGUGCUCUGCCUUCCUGUGGUGGUCCUCAACCAGCUCGCCCAUAGGAGAAUCCUGGGUGACAUCACCUGUCGCAUGGUGCCUUAUAUGGAGGCCGUGUCUCUGGGCAUCACCUCCUUCACCCUGUGCGCUCUGGGCAUCGAUCGUUUCCACGCCGCCACGUCCUCGUCCCAGCCGAAGGCCCGGCGGGUGGAGCGCUGCCGCACGGUGCUGCUGAAGCUGCUGCUGGUGUGGCUCGCCGCCCUGCUGCUGUCCAGCCCCGAAAUCUUCCUGUGGCAGCUGAGCCAGGCCGUGUCCCCGUCCACCGGCCGGCUGGUGGACUCCUGCACCAUCACCCCGUCCUCCCCUCUGUCCCUCUACCUGCCCGACUCCCUCCACUCUCUGCUGCUCAGGUACCACCAGGGUCGCAUGUGGUGGUGUUUUGGCUGCUACUUCUGCCUCCCCAUCCUCUUCACCGUCCUCUGCCAGAUGGCCACCCGCAACGUCAACAGCGACUCAAGCUCCGCCCAAAAGCAGCGUAACCAAGACGACCGCUCGUCCAGUCAGAAGCGGCAGCAGCACCAGGCGGUGGAGCGGCAGCUGAACUGCACGCUGCUGGCGUUGGCGGUGGUUUACGGCCUCUGCGCCCUGCCCGAACACGUCUGCAACAUCACGCUGGCCUACACGCACAUCACCGUCUCCGAGGACACGGCCGCCAUGCUGGCGCUGUUGCAUCACUUCCUGUUGUUUUUCAAGUCGUCGGUGACGCCGGUGCUGCUGCUGUGUCUGUGUAAGGCGCUCGGUCAGGCCUUCAUGGACUGCUGCUGCUGCUGCUGUCAGGAGUGUCAGCCAACCGCGGCUCAGGGCUCGCCAAGCUCCGCCCAGGUCAAACUGAAGGCAGCCAAUGAGACGUCCAUCUUCUUCGACAAGGCUAAAGAGACAUCAGCCAUCUUGUCCAUCUCCAGCUAGAGCCAUAGGUCCCUCUUUAACCACCAUGUCCUCCGUCCAUUCAUCUUCUUUUCUACCCUUCAUCACUGUUUCUCUUCUCUUUAGUUAACUUCUCUUUUCUCCUCUCUCCAAAGCUUCUCUCCCAGAACAACGAUCGCCUUUCUACCUGCCCUCUCGUCCUCUUCAGGAGUUUCCAUUUGUAUGAUAUCCCUCUAUGGACACAGUGUUACCCCCUCCAGCUUCCUGUCUGUACAGGAAGUGAUGUUUAAUCUGUAGUGAGAUUAGAAAAGUUGCUGUACUUGCACAACCAGCUGUUGUAAAAGCAGGAGCCUGUUUCAGGACUCUCCGAACGGACUCUUCUCUCCAACUUCCUGCUGUAAUAAUGUACGACGUGAAAAUCCUGGACGUCCGAAGCUGAUUUUUUAUGGAAAAGUAGCGGGUGGAUAAAUCCUAGUUUAGUUAGGAUCCUAGUUAGGAUAAUUAGCAGCAGUUUAAAACCCUCACAGGCGCUCAGUGGAGAACACGAAGAAGCUGCUUCUAAGCUCUAAAAAUGAGGAGUGGAGUUUUUGGUUAAUGUACACUUAUUGAGUCAAACUAAAGAUCCGCACACUGUACCAAAAGCAACCUUUCGAUCAGAGAUCUUCAUCAGUGUGCCGAUCUUUUGUUUGACUCUUGCCCUGGUUUGAUUUUUUUGAUCUUGCACCUGCAGAAGUCCUUUGGAUGUGCGUGCCCUCCUACUUUGUUUAGUAUACAUUUAUACCCUUUUUCCAUCAAAAUCUCCACUUCUUGAACCGCAUCUCCUCAGGAUUCUUGUAACCCUGAUGCUAUCUCACAAACCAGCCCGGGUUUUCAGUAGUUUUGAGUAAAACCCUUAUAAUCAAGGAUAUGUCAUCAACAGAAGGCGUUCGUGCACAAAGAAAAGACCUAGUUUGUAGAGAUAAAAGUGGAGUUAAUUGCAAGUUAAAUUUUAAAUUAGAUUGGCGCAGCUCUUCAGGUUAUAGUAAAAGUAAUUUCCACAGCUUCUAUUCCUGUGAAGAAUGAACAGCUUCAUUUAUGUUUCCAAAAGGUAAGGAAGUGGAGAAGUUGGGGCAGGAGUGAGAUCUGAGGAGUAUUUGAACAGGACUCAGACCGUCUCGGUACUGAGGCGGUCUCUUUGUACAGGAAGUUAAACUGUGUAGGAAGUUUUUAAGUGUAUUAAUAUGUCUGUAGUGCAGUUCUUUCACUGUCAAAUUCAAAAUAAGUAGAACAAAUGAAGAAACAGAAGACAUGAAUGUAGAUUACUUUAAAUGCUAGAUGUAUGACUAAUUACAUCUUUAUAUGAAGGGAAGUGAGAUAGUCAGGUUUUUUUAUGUCACAAGAAUGUUUAUGCCUUUGUAAUGUUCAGUGUCACAAUGUUCAGUUCAUAUAAAUAUUUGUCGGAGCCGACUGUGCCUUAGUGUCUCCUCAGCCCUCAGCCCGGACUGUCAGACCCGCGGCGUCUGAAUCAACAGAUAAUGAAUCAGCCAGUAGAGAAUAGUCAGUCACUAAUUUUGCUUUUAUCAAGACGUUACUCUGAGAGAAAAAACAGUGUCUGUGGGUCAUGACCUGCAGCUGCAAGUUCACCAAAAGUCAGAGAUGUUUAGUGCAGCACAUCUUUAACACUGAAAUUCCAACUAUCAAUCAAAUAUGGACAAAAAUAAAUUAUGAGACCUGGGUGUGCUCAACUACAGAAGCCAAGAACAGCCAUGUUUGCAUAUAUAUAA